AUGGACCGCAUCGAUCCAGUUGAGGACUCCAACGCCCCUAAUGAGAACCCUCAGGGGACCCAACCCACAGGGCAACCCACAGAGCUUGGCCCCGUCAGGCCAGUAGGUCCUGCCCCGUUGCGUACUCGAGGCGAUUCACGGGCGCGACGACCGAGUAUUCGCCUGUCUCGCUUCCCAUCUGUUCCUUCACUAGAUAACAUUAAUCAACCGCCUCAACCAGAGGGUCAAGGCCAACCACCACCCUUCGAACCGCAGCCCAUCCGAUCGCCCCCUCCUAAUGAAGAGGACGAAGCAUGGCUAUCAGGUCGACGGCGCAGCAACUCGGAGCCAAAUCGGGGGCGCUGGUCAUCUCCUCCUCCCGAUUUUCUCUCACAGGUGGCGACUCCUAUGCGAAUGAUGCCUGUGACCGAGGAAUCCUCACACCAAAGCCCCGCUCCACCCUCUCCAGUGGCAAUAUUACCCGGUCAAAAGGCUCAGUCAGACUGUGAACAACUUGAUCCGGAGCAACUCGAGGCCCCUCCCGCACUAGCGCGACCAGCGGGUCGGCUUCGGCGAACUAGUCAAGCUGCGUUGAAUCGCUUUACUCGGAACCGUGCAAGUACAGUAACAGGAGCUGCACCGACUCCGAACAUAGAAGAGGAGCAACGCGAAAACGAGUAUGGAUCUCAUGUCGUCGACGUGUUGGACGUGAUCGAUCCCGAGGUUUCUGCGCUUUCCACUCUCACUAAUGUCCAAAACUCUCUCUUUAUACCGAACCUGGGUGGGUUCAUCAAUCGCAUGCCCACCUAUACGAUUUCACGACCGCAAUAUUCUUCAGAUGAGGAACAGGGAACUUCAACGGAUGAGGGUGAACCGUCCAAGGAUGACCAGACCAAACAGCGUCCGGCUUUAGAACAUCUCCGCUCAUUCCAGAGUAUGUCCUCCGUGUUGCGUGGCCCCAAAUAUGCCGUUCUCCCAGAAGGGCAGGGACUUGAAGGAUGGACUAGGGAAGAUUAUGCUGAACUUAAUGAUCAUGUUCGACAUAUGCUUCACUCUCGGCGGUCCAAGUUCAAACGGGCCAUGAAAGGAUUUAGGCAGUACGUACGAAAGCCCCUUGGCUUUCUUGUAACUCUAUACGCAACUCUGAUCACCCUGUUCGGUCUGGCCUGGGUUCUUUUCUUGAUUGGUUGGAUCAAUGUCGGUGGAAAACAGACCUAUGUUGUCAAUGUCAUAGAUAACGUUUUGGUUGCCCUGUUUGCCAUUAUGGGUGAUGGGCUGGCUCCUUUCCGCGCUGUCGAUACGUAUCACAUGAGUUACAUUGCGCAUUAUACAUUUUUGUCAUGGAAAGUUCGUCAGAAGCGGGCUCUGCCAGGCCUCAAGGACAAGAAUGACCUUCCAUCGAAACCGGAGGCGGACGUCGACGUUGAAAUUGGCGAAGCCGUCAAGGGGGAGGAUCACGAAUUUUCCGUUCUCGAUCCCAGCCAACAAUUACGAUUAAUGCAUCACCAGAAUAAGUUUGCAAAGUCGCAUACUUUCUAUAAGCCGCACGAAACCUUUACUCACCACGCCUUCCCUUUACGCUUACUCAUCGCUAUUGUCGUCAUCCUUGACUGUCAUUCUAUACUCCAAAUGGCUCUUGGUGCCUGCACCUGGAGUAUGGAAGACCCCGAUAAGCGCCCAUUCGCUCUGACAACUGUGAUUCUUUGCUGCUCCAUCACCUGUAAUAUCACGGGUGGUGUGCUGAUCAUGGUUGGUGAUCGGCGAACCCGAAAGAAGGAUGUUGUCGAAAGGCUCUUCCGCCAACAGCUGACGGAAGAAGCCAUGAGAAAAAUGGAAAAGAAGAAGAUCAAGGAGGAGCGCCGCAGUGCUCAGAUUGAACGUUCCAGUGCUCAAAUAGAGCGGUCUAGUGCACAGAUUGGCCGGUCCAGCGCUCAAAUUGACCACCCAAAGCCAUAUGGCGGCACCUGA